AUGCCAAAGUCUGAAAAACCUGCAGUCUCUCCUACUCCUGCUCUGACGCUUUUGGUUGCUCCUGGUCAUAUCCAUUGCGAGCUACUCUCGGAAGCUCAGACUGGCUGGUGCCGACAAGGAAAUCUACGGACUGAACAAAAAUGGGAAGAAGCUUGCAGCAUCGUCAAUUCAUCGUCAGAGUCUCGCCAAUAUUUGAAUCUUGUGAAAGAAAACACAAGGGCUCAAUCUCUGAAUGCCGAUGUUGACCGAUGGCCCGGAUCGUUCAAACCCGUCAGAAGAUUUCAAGAACAAGUGUUCACUAUUUACGAGAAGUCGAACGCAUAUGCCAAGGCAGUCGCGGCUGCUUCUGCGCCAACUCGCACCCUUAGAAAACGCGUCACAACAAUCGGGAGAUCUUUAGGUCAGUCGUUGAAGGAUGUGUUCAGUCCAGACGCCGGGAAAAUGACGGGGACCGGCACUGCAGGACCCAGCUCACAACCAGCGGCAAAUCUCGAUCUCUACCCGGAUGCUGAAGACGAGGCAAUUGUGAACACGAGUCUCAUUCUUUUGCUGGAAGCACUGGCGGAUCUAGUGCCUGGCACAAUGAGCGAGUGGGUAUUAAACCACGUUCAUUUCAACGCAAAAUUCAACAACGGCUCCUACAAUGCAUACACAGACGGUGUCUUUUGGACCAGUCACAGUCGAAUAAUUCAAGCAAUUGUCGAGGUGAAGAAGAGAAUCAGUUUUGACGACCCUGCGCCAUUUCAGAUGCAAGAAACUGCUGAGAUGGUUGGUUGGAUUCUGAAAGAAUCUAACGACGUGACAGUCUUUAACAAUAAGUGA